AUGCCCCCGAAGAAGGCUGCUAAGGAGGAGAAGAUUCUUCUUGGGAGGCCUGGAAAUAAUCUCAAGAGCGGCAUUGUGAGAUAUUUCCUCCUCGGCGGUUAUUGCCGACUAUAUUUGAAACUGAUAAAUUUCUUUCUCGUGACUAUAGGUCGGACUCGCCAAUGUUGGGAAAUCAACGCUUUUCCAGGCUAUCACUAGAUGCUCGCUGGGAAAUCCUGCUGUACGCAUAAUCUCCUUUAAUUUCACCCCUGCCGUUCCCGUUGGCGUGCUUGGCGGUUGAGUACUUCGACGGUUCUGAUCUUCCGACGCCUCUACAGAAUUUUCCUUUCGCUACGAUCGACCCUGAAGAAGCCCGGGUCAUUGUCCCCGAUGAGCGUUAUGACUGGUUAUGUGAACAUUACAAGGUACUAUACCUAUUCUGGCCCGAAUAUUGUCCCAUCUUGAAAAGUGUCCUCGCUGAGAUUUUGGACUAAAGCCUGUCUCCAAAGUCCCCGCCAACCUCACUGUUUACGAUAUUGCCGGCCUAACUCGUGGGGCUUCUACUGGUGCUGGGCUCGGCAACGCGUUCCUUUCGCAUAUCCGUGCUGUCGAUGCUAUCUUCCAGGUUGUCCGUUGCUUCGAUGAUGCAGAAAUUAUCCAUGUCGAAGGAGACGUUGAUCCCGUCCGCGAUCUUCAAAUCAUCAAUGACGAGCUCAGGAUAAAGGAUAUCGAGUUUGUGGAGAAGAAUCUGGAAGGGCUGAAGAAACAGACUGCGAGAGGCGGUCAAAGUCUGGAGAUGAGGAAGCUGAAGGAGGAGCAGGCCAUUGUUGAGAGCAUUCUGAGCUGGUUGGUGGAUGAAAAGAAGCCAGUUAUCAAGAAGUCUUGGGGGAACAAGGAGGUAAAAUUAUUCAAGAUUUUAUUGUAUCUUCUCGGGCACACACUCCCUUCCAUUACAUGACGACAAAGAGUAUCAUACUCGAUCAUUAAAACCCAGCUCGAUGAACAGCCUCGCCAAUUACAACGCUUAGAGGCUCGUAUUGAUAUGGAUUUUUAAUCUGAUAAUAAUUCUCUACAUAUCCGUUUUUCAGAUCAGCGAAUUAUUCUUUCGGGCUAGUGCUGACUUGGGCAACAUUUAUUAGGUUGAAGUAAUCAACAACCUUAUGCUUCUUACAGCAAAACCUGUUAUAUUCCUAAUCAACCUUUCAGAAAAGGACUAUAUCCGACAAAAGAACAAGCAUCUUCCCAAGAUCAAGCAGUGGAUCGAUGAGAAUUCUCCCGGCGAUCCGAUCAUCCCGAUUUCUGUCUCUUUAGAGCAGCGGCUCGCUGGUUUAUCGGACGAGGAAGCUGCUGAGGAAUGCAAGAAAUUGGGCACUAAGAGCGCUAUCCCUAGGCUUGUGGUGCUCAUGCGAAAUGUCUUGAACCUCAUCAGUUUUUUCACUACCGGACCUGAUGAGGUUCGGCAAUGGAGUAUUCGAAAGGGCACCAAGGCGCCCCAGGCUGCUGGAGUCAUCCACACAGGUUUGUCCUCUUGUUUAGUCACUGCUGCUAAGCGCCUUCUGACUUUUUGGGAAUAGAUUUCGAAAAGACUUUUAUUCAGGCUGUCAUUUUCAGGUAUGGUGACUUGAAGGAACUUGGCGACGAAGCAACAGUCAAGUCUAGCGGAAAGCUUCUCACUAAAGGGAAGGAGUACGUGAUGGAAGAUGGCGAUAUGUAUGUUUCCUUAAUCCCCUAAACUCCAGUGGCUCACGACGUGCUAACGUCAUUUUAUAGUGUCCUGUUCAAAGCUGGUGCUGCAAAGGGUUAAAUCGUGUUUCCACAUGUUUGUUCUCGAUGGCAUCAGAUAUAGGGUCACCUGCCGCCAACUCAUUGGGUAGAAAAGGAGAGUAAUAAAAACACACUCCUCAACGAUCUCUAUGCGGCUUGUCAGGUGAAGAUGUGAGCUAUAGAUCCUACGGCAUAUAUGUGCUGGGCCACACGCAUCGUGUCAUAGGUAAGGCUUAAAGCUUCUUUGCCUCAGUGCUUCCCGCAAACCUCCGUACACGAUGUCGGUGCGUUGGAGGUCAGUUCCUGUGCAAACUGGUCUCCCGUGUGUGCGGUGUGGAAUCACAAUCGUGGAAAUUGCCUCGUGUCCACAUGAACUAUCCCACAGGCGUUCGACUGCAACUCACAUGUUAAUCCACUACGCGCGCCAUAUAAUAUAUCGAUCCCGCAGAGCACAUCACAUCACAUCACUAUAGGCACCAUCUCUCCACAAAUUCAACAACCAAUAUCCUCACUAACCCCCUGUCCUGAUUCCUAAUACCCUGACACUUUUUGCUUUUAUCUUUCCUAAGAAAUAAAGGUCAUCAAAUCCCAUCCCAAAAUUCAGCAUAAAAAAACAAUGUAGCGACCACCGGUAAGGAACACAUCUCCACAGAAGCAUAGGGAAAAGGCUCCAGCUGCGGCGCCAUAACUUACUCUCGAGCGAUUAGCAGAGGAAACAAUUCCACAAACUCCGUAGAAGAAAAGAGAAAAGAAAAAAGGGGCGUCCGCCCCCUUUAUUCUCGGAAAACUCCUACAAUAAAAUCGCUCUUGAAAUGAGUUUUUUUUUUUGUGUUUUUUAAGAGUGGGGUUGGGGUGUUGGUGUGCUUAUAUAGAUGGUCGGCAGCGCUUGCCAAGACUUUCGGAUAAAGGGGACAAAGAAGGAAAAAAGAAAAAAGGGAAAAAAGCAGUCGGGGUGGGGUAGGGUAACUGGCAUGGGUAGACUAUAUAGACAACCGUGAAGGAAAAUGUUGUUGCCUUUUUUCUUCUUCCUUCUUCCUUUCUUUCUUUCUUCAAGUAGAAAAUAUAAAUCCCUCUGAAAUAUGCUAGAGCCUAUUGUCUACGUCUGAGGGCAUUUGGGUGUGGACAACAGAGGGAGAGUGAGAUCCUGGUACGGGCCCCAAGUGUUACUGGCUUCUGCAGGUUGUGGAGGUUGGCCGGGUGCGGGUGGAGAUAAUCG